CGACGUGGUCAGCACCUUCCCUAUCUGAAUCAAACCCCGCACUGAAUCACGCGGUGAGUAAACAGCAACCGUACCUUGGGGUAAACCUCGAAUAUUAACAAGCCAGGCGAUCUCGUAGCUAGUUAAUUGAAUAAAAGGUUUGUUUUUUAGAGGAAUAUAUUAUUCCAGAGUGAGUGCGAAGAGAUAAAAAUCACCAGUACGUAACGUCCACACGAUCCUUGCUUUAUUGUAAGGGGGGUAGCAUGAUCGUGGGCGAGCUCUAAGCACGAUGAUAUCAUGAUGUUGUCAAAGUUGCACUAAUCAUUGGUUAGGUUCCGGGCUACGACCGUACGUCAUGCUGCGUACGGGCAGUUUGGCAACGGCUCCAAAACCCUGAAUUAUAUGCUUAUAUACAUUAGCAUCAUGGGUUUUGAGGCUCGAAAAGCUAUACAAUAAAGAUGCGCCGGCAUCACUUGCCCAUAUAAGGGACACUGGCGAAUGGCACGGAAGCCAGCAGUCUCACGAGUAACCUCAUCCAAAUCCCACCAAGGUCCAGCAAUCCCCGUGUUAGAAGCCGCCGUGAGGCCAUAAGCACUACUUAUGAGGGUUGGAACCGGUUAUGUCAUGAAUCAUCGACUCACAAAAGUGCUCGAGUAUAUACAUUCCCCAUUAUCAACUUACCAAUCUCAUCCGAUCUAAAAUCUCUCGUCCACCCUCCAUCAAGAAACCGCACUAUCUACAUACGCUUGUCUCACUAUCAUGUGACACAUGCACUUACUGAGCUCCUCCAUCUGACACAGCAUCAAACAACUAUGUGUCUCCCCAUCGGCCCUCGCUCAAGCUUCCACGAUGAUAUGAUUAUGCGGCCUCGUCCGUUCCUCGGCACGCGACCAGCCGUCUACCCGCGGUCAACUUUGCCCCGGCGGUCUAUGAAUGCUGGUAUGGGAUCAAGUGUUCUGGGAGGACCGAGGUUUGGUGCACGAGGGUAUAGAAGAGUUGGGGGUAUGGGGGGCAUGUACCCGAUGGACGGCAUGGGCAUGGGCGGCAUGGGGAUGGGGAUGGGAGGUCUAGGUGGUAUGGGCAUGGGUGGGGGCCUGGGUGGUAUGGGCAUGGGUGGGGGCCUGGGUGGUAUGGGUUAUGGCGGGGGCUAUGGGGGAGGGUUUGGAGAUUGUGGAGGCAUGGGAGGUAUGGGAGGUAUGGGAGGUAUGGGAGGUAUGCGAGGUAUGGGAGGUAUGCGAGGUAUGGGAGGUAUGGGGGGUAUGGGAGGUAUGGGAGGUAUGGGAGGUAUGGGCGGUAAUUGCUGA